AUGAGUCAAGUGCACCAGCAAGGAGGGGUAUACCCACCUAAGGAGUAUGUUGAAUCUGCACCCAUGCCCGCCAACAUUCCCCACGUCGACGAGGUCGGAGCAACGAGUGGCCCGCUGAAGAGUGCAUCCUUCUUUAUUGGAGCGUAUUGCAAGGAGUAUAACGAGGAUUUCAUGCUUUGCAAAAAUGAGAAUCGGGACCCUGCUCACUGCUUGAAGGAGGGAAGGAAAGUUACGCGAUGUGCUAUAGAUUUGAUAACAAAGAUGCGCGAGAACUGUGCCCAACAGUUUGAUGCACACUGGGAGUGUUUGGAGAAAAGGAACCAAGAGUUCUAUCUUUGCCGCAAACAAGAACGAAAGCUCAACUCGUGUAUGUUUGAGAAACUUGGUCUGACAAAAACCAUUCCUGGAUCACCAGCAGGCCAGCCCCAAAUUCACGAGGUGCAGAACCCCAUAUACAAGCCCAUUCAGAAAUAG